GGGAGGGAAGGGGAAGGAGAGCACUGCCGCCACCAGGCCGCGCUUCGUCCCGGGCCGCCGCCGCCGCAUCCGGCUCUCCCCGAGCGAGCCAGUUGAGCGUCCCAGGCGAGGCCCGAGUCGCAGCGGACACCGGAGGCAGCGCGGAGCACGGCAAAGCGAUGGCCUCUGAGCAAACCAAAGAUGAUGAAGAGGAGGAGGAGGAGGAAGAGGUGGAGGAGAGCGAAAGUGUUCCUGCCAGCCAGCCUGCCCCAUGUGACUCUGAGCUUCCCAAAGGAUUUGCCAGUUUGCCUCUCAGCAUAAGUGACCUUUCCAUUCACGAAGACGAUUGCCUGCCACUGGCUGCCACCACCAAUCACACCCAUCCGAAAGCUAGCGAGAGCUGGGAAGGUGAUCACUCGGAAGAUGCAGAAAAGGAUUCUGGGAAACCAGAGAAUGACUCACCCUUGCCAGUUCCCCAGGACCAAGAGACCUCAGAAGAGCUUUUGUCUGGCCCCCUUACUGAGGCUGCCUCGCUGCCCGCAUCGUGCCCCUCAAGCGAGGAGCUCCCUUUGCCCGACUUGGACAAUGCCGUUGGAGAAAAGAGACCUUCUCUGUCUGGGGAAAGUCUACCAGUGGCUUCACCCCUUGCACAGGCAGACUGCUCCAUGGACCAGACCAGCGACGUCCUGAACUGCUCCAAGGAUGAGCUGGGGUCUUUGAUCUUGCAGCACGGCAGGCGGCAGAAUGGGUGCCCAGAUCUGGAAGACACGCCCUUGGCAGUAUCUCCAAGUGGGGAAGACCAAGACCAAGAAGGCGCAUUCCAAAAGCCCUCCCAGAACAUUGCAGUCCAGACCGACUUCAGAACAGCUGACUUGGAAGUGAACACUGAUCAGGAUAUUGAAAAGAGCCUGGAUAAAAUGAUGUCCGAGAGGGCUUUGCUGAAGGAGCGUUACCAGGAAGUGCUAGAUAAGCAGAGGCAGGUGGAGAAUCAGCUCCAAGUGCAGCUGAAGCAGCUCCAGCAGCGAAGGGAGGAAGAAAUGAAGAACCACCAGGAGAUCCUGAAGGCCAUUCAGGACGUGACUGUUAAGCGGGAAGAGACCAAGAAGAAGAUGGAGAAGGAAAAAAAGGAGUAUUUGCAGAAGGAGCAGGAUCUGAAAGCAGAAAUUGAGAAGCUCUAUGAGAAAGGCAGGAGGCUGCUGAAAGAGCAAGAGGAGAAGGAGAACAAGAUCGUUUCCCUCAUUGCUGAGCAGUCUGAGGAGAAGGAGGUAUGGGAGAUGGAGCUGGACAAGCUGAAGAACCAGCAGGAUGAGUUCAGCCGGUCGAUUCUGGAGGACACGGAGCGGGCUUGGAAAGCAGAGAUCCUGUCCCUGGAGAGCCGAAAGGAGCUGCUGGUGCUGAAGCUGGAAGAGGCAGAGAAGGAAGCUGAGCUCCACCUCACCUACCUCAAGUCAGCCCCCCCAACGCUGGAGACCAUCCGGCCAAAGCAGGAGUGGGAGACGAGGCUGAACAGGAUACGAAUGACCAAGGAGAGCGUCCGUGACCAGUACAACGAUCACAUCCAGCUGGUGCGGAACGGGGCCAAGCUGAGCAGCCUCCCACAGAUCCCCACGCCCCCCCUGCCCCCACCACCCCUGGAGACAGACUUCCUCCUACCAGCCUUCCAGCCCAACUCCUCCAUUGCCCCGCGGUUGCCCUUCCCCAUUGGGACAGUCCCCAUGCCCAUGGUCAUGCCCAGCGCGGACCCCCGGGUGCUCUCCUUCCCGCUCCUCAACCCAACCAUCUCCAGGCCCAGCCAGCCCUCGCCCCCUCUGCCCACGGCUUCCCAGGGCAGGAACAGCCCCGUCCUCAGCUCCCUAGCGGGUCCUCGCGUGACGCCUGCCACCGCCGCCUCGCUCCCACCGCCGCCGGGUCUGGGCGGAGUCAAAGCGGUGCCGGAAUUCCAGAGACCCCCUCCGCCCCCCGUGGACAAGCUCGAGAAGUUCCUGGAAAAACUGCUGACACGAUUUCCCCAGUGUAACAAGGCUCAGCUGACCAACAUCCUGCAGCAGAUCAAAGCCGCACGAAGGACUCUGGCUGGACUGACCAUGGAGGAGUUGAACCAGCUGGUGGCCGCCAAGCUGGUUGAGCAGGAGCGGGUGGCAGCUGUCGGGACCCAGCCUCUUGGCCGGAUCCAUUCCCCGAUGUUCCCUGCUCCUCUGCCGCAGAUGAGCAACCCCAUGUUCUUGCCCUCGGCUCAGGUCUCCUACAGUGGGACACCACCCCAGGUUCCUGCGGCCUGCAAACUGUGUCUGAUGUGCCAGAAACUGGUCCAGCCUAGCGAGCUCCACCCCAUGGCUUGUUCCCAUGUGCUGCACAAGGAGUGCAUCAAGUUCUGGGCUCAGACCAACACCAACGACGCUUGCCCCUUCUGUCCCAGUCCGAAAUGACCACCGGUGCAAAGAGGACAACAGCGGUACUCUGCCUGGGUGGGACGAGAGCUCCAGCAAGACGCCAGGCACCCCCAGAAUUUCUACAGCUCUAUAUUUAUAUGGCCAUGUAUACACAUGUACAUUUUUAUUCUAUAGGGAAUGUGUGUAUAGAAAGUCUGUAUACAUACCAGUUCAUAAUAAAGUGUGUAUAUUAUGCAGA